AGUACGAACCGUGCCAUAGUACGGUCGUUCUUGUGCGUUUGUAUCGGUCUCGUCGAUCCACUUUCUCGUCUAUCUUUCUUUCGCACCACGGCCGUGAUGGAACGCUAUGUACGCGUGUGCGCGAGUGUCUGCGCGGACUACGCGGUUAUAAACAUCCCGUGCGGUUGGUGUCAAGGGCGGACUCGACGAGUAAAUUCGGGCCACAUGUAUAUAAUAUACGAUUCGUGUUGUUUGUAUACAAAAAAAGCUUGGCCCGUGAGUCUUCUGUACAAGAGCAAGGAAAAGGAUAUAAUACGGUAUUAUCAGUGCGUUAAUAGUGUUUCGAUCGAACGCGUUAAAAAGGGACGCGUGCGUCACCACGUGGCUGGAACGAAACAGUUUCUUCGAAUAGAGUGAGAUCGGAAAAAAGUUAUCGAGCGAUUUCGAGUAUUUGAAAAUGAAUUACGGGCAAUGGCGAAAUUUUUGACCGGAAAUUGUUCUAUCUGUUCCUUUUUCGCGUUUUAUUUAGAACUCGUCGCAUUUACUUGAAAAACUACUAAAAGAGAACGAACAAUUAUCAUUUAUAAUCUAAAACAGUUAACAAUUGGUGUUGGUCAUUGGUUCAUGAAAUAUCGUCGUAAAAUACAUGUUGAAACAAGAAUGCGGGGAAUACGUCGAUACGUCCGUAUCUCUGAACGCGAAACGAUAUUGAACGAAAUAUAACGUACGACGAGUAUUUUGAUAAAUAAAAAAGAAAAGAUCGAUGAAGAAUAAAUGCGAUCCAAUGAGGAGGAGGAAGGGAGGGGCAAAAAAAAAAAAAGAAAAAAAGAAAAAAAAGAAGAAAAUCGGAAAGAAAGUGNAGGUGUGUAUACGACUUCGAAAAACGCAUUAAAGGAGUAACGACGAGCAACGUGGCUUUAACCGGUAAUUGGACCAUUCUUUUUGCCAUUGAAGUAGUAAUGGCCCUUGUAGCGUGGUCACGCUACACUACGGUGCGCCAUAGUACUAUAGAGACUUCCGGUCCGCCGCAGGAAGUGAGACACACGUGUUCAGGCGUGUGUGUUCCCAUAAUACGGGCCCCGGCUCCUCCUCUACAGUGCGUUCCAAGUUCGAUGGCCCAUACGGGAAGCAAGCAGCACGCCACGGAUAUACUACCGUUCGUUCGAGGAAACGUGAACCAUCGAGGGAAAGAAAAAAAGUGAACAAAAAAACGUCACAACGAUGUCGAACGAUAUUACGUAUCACGAUACUUUUGAUAUCAAAAGAGUAACGACGAAAUACAAAGAAUCGGAAGGAUGUUGGUCGAGGUGUUUCGCACUGCUGCAAACAAUGGCACGAAACUUAACGUGAACGAAGUGAUGCAAUCGGUGCAACAGAUUGUCGAAGAUCCUGACACUCAAGUUCGGUUGGACCUGGUGGAGCAUAUACCUCAUGUGGCGACGAUCUGCCAAGAAUCUCCUCAUCUAUUCGACAAUGUCGUUCACGAUCAUUUGCUCGGUAUCAUUAUCAAAUAUCUACAGGAUCAAGAUAACCAGGUACGAAUGACAGCCCAGACAGCGGUGUUAACGUUAACGAAGAAGGGAGUUCUCGACAACAUCACGAUCGAGGUCAAACUGUGUCCCGUAAUAGAAACCCUCUGUAGGUCCGUCGAUUUCCUUAGCUCUGGCAUCUCCCUCAUGUGCAAAAUGGCGCCGCUCAUUGGCAAAGAGAUGACAGAAAAGAUUUUUCUGGAUAGAUAUAUCGCUCUCUGCAAAGACAAAGAAUUUUAUACGAGAAAAAUCUGCGCGUCGCACUUUGGCAAACUUUGCUCCGCUGUCGGGAGGAAGACCCUUUUCCGAAAAUUGUUUCCGGUAUUUGUCGAUCUGUGUUGCGAUACAGUGUGGGGUGUCCGAAAAGCAUGCGUGGACGUUAUGAUGCCAGUUUCGUGCUGUAUGACUCUUCAACAUCGUCGAUUACUCUUGGCAGAUCUUCUUGCCACGCAUCUUAACGACGAUUCGAAAUGGGUGCGAAUGUCUGCCUUUCAAAUUUUAGGACCAUUUAUAUCUACGUUCGCGAAACAAUUUACCGAAGUGACUUAUAAUCAACAUGGUGAAUUAGUAUUUACCAGUCAACAAGAUACUCGUUUCAGUAUAAGGUAUUUGUACGAAGGAAUAUUCCCCACUAAGUGCGCGAUACGGAGUCAUACGCUCGACGCAGAGGAUCAUAAUUCUAAGGAUAACUUCAAUUUAUCUGUGAUAAUACAAAAACCAAUUUUCGAAGAAGACGACGACGAGGAUGAGUCUCAGGAAGAUCAUAUUUCCAGAAUGAGAGCUUAUAAAUCGAAGAUACAGAGAAAGCAUCUAAAAAAUGACAAAGAUGAUCAAAAUACGUUGGACGACACGGAAAAUUUUAAUCCAUUCCUGUACUAUUACAUAGCACCGGAUCUUCCAUUGGACGACGAACUUGUCGAAGCUGCCAAAAAAUCCGCGGCGCAAAAUAAUGUAAAUCGGAAACAGCCGUUGAUCGGCAUUACAGCUUCUAGUAAAGCAUCGUUAUUAGAUAACAUGUUAAAAGAAGACAAAUAUUCGACGGACAAAUUCGAUGUUAUCAAUUUCAACGAUCAAGAGAUCGUUCCUCAACAUUUGAUCGAUUCUUUCUUGUCAAUGGCCGAGCCGGAACAAUGUUCAGACAUGGGUACGGAUAUUCCUCAUCAUUGCGCUUUUAGCUUUCCCGCGGUUGUGCUCACGUUAGGGAAAGAAAAUUGGCCAUAUUUGAAGCAAGCUUACCAAUCUUUGGCAAGUGCCAAUCAAUGGAAAGUGAGACGCACAUUAGCCUCCAGUAUCCAUGAAAUCGCUAUUAUUCUUGGAGAGGAACUUACCGUAACUGAUCUUGUUCCGAUCUACGAUGGAUUUAUCAAAGAUCUAGACGAGGUCAGAAUAGGUGUGCUCAAACAUCUAGCGACAUUUUUGAAAAUACUCAAACCGACCGAUCGUCGCCAAUAUUUGCCAAGACUGAAGGAAUUCCUUUCCACCGAUACCGAGUGGAAUUGGAGAUUUCGAGAAGAGUUGGCCACUCAAUUGUUAGAAGUUGUGAAUCUGUUUAAUCCUGCGGACGUAGAACGGCACAUAGUAUCAUUGUCUCUUGAAUUAUUGCGCGACAAAGUUGCUGCUGUGAGAUAUGUUGCGCUUUCUUUGGUUACGCAAAUAGUAGCUCAUCUAUCUGACAACGAACGUCACGUAACGGCGCUAUUUCAAGAGCUUAGAUUUUCUCUUGUAUAUGCAAAAAAAUGGAUCAGAAGGCAAACGUUCGCUUUUGUGUGCGCCAAAUUAAUAUCCAGCAACGCUAUCAGUGGGGAUAGAUUUUCCCAGGAAAUGUUACCUAAUUUGUUAAAAUUAUCCACCGACAAAGUACCAAACGUAAGAUUAGUUGUAGCGAGAACAUUAUCGAAGAACGUUAUUCCUAUGGGAUCAGAAUGGUUGGGAGUCGAACAGGCGGAAGAAGUAGAGAAAAGACUCAGAGAGAUGAGAUCAGAUCCGGAUAGAGACGUUCGAAUGUUAGCCGGUGGCGAGGAGAAUUCUGUAUUAGAUAUAUUGUCGCAAACGAAAACCGAACAAUCGAACAAAAACAUAAUGUUUUAACGAAGUCGAACGAGAAUCAAGUUCUAAUCUAUUUCCUGCCACGUGAAACAAUUUUAUAUCGAACUCUGCCAAGUGAAAGAAUGAAGAAGAAAGGAUGUCGUAUGAAAGUUCUUCCACGUGUGAAUUAUCUUUGUAAAUGUAAGAGGAAAAUUGAUUGGAUGGAAGAAAUAACAAUUUUGUUAUAUCAAGGAAACGAAUGAAAAAGUUUUUUCGAAGAAUAAGCUGGUGUAUUUGUGAUGUAAAAAA